AUGACAGACGAGCCCACUCGACUAAAAUGUAAUCAGUGCACAAAGGACUUCUCCAACACAAAGCUUCUGCAGCAACAUCAGCAGAUGUUUCAUACUGACAAGGUGAGCACUUCAAGUUAUUUCAGUCUAAUCCGGUUUGACUCAUGAUCUGAUAUUCUCUUUUUCCCACAUUUUUUCUCAUGAUAUUCUCUCUCUCUCUCUCGUUUCUGUCCUCUCCUGUACACUAUGAAAUCAUGAAAUCAGACUCCAGUCAUGCACAUGCACUUUAGCGGGUACAAUCUCAGGUCGUUUUGGCCGUUAAACCUCUCAUUACUCCAGCAAUAUAUUCGAGAUCGCAUUAAGUUCUCACAUUCAAUAUCCGUUCCAUUUUGUAUCUCGAUAUCCUCUUACGCGAUACAACAGUUUAUGAGCCCAUUCGACCUGAAGACCGCCCGCCAGACGCAGGUACCGUAUUUCAUCACACUCGCUGGUUGAGUCAGCAGACAUAGGCUGGGCUGAGCAGCUGUUGAAUAGAUCGAUGACUAUUUUUGAAUAAUUGUUACUGUUGACCGUCCGGAUUACUGUAAGGGAAAAUUGAAAUCUUUCUUGGGUAAUUGGUAUGUUAGAGCAGACUGAUAAUCUAGUCACGUUGUUUUCCUAUAAUCUCGGUACUCAUUUUCUAUUUUCCUAAUGACUUUCUUUCAUUCUCAUUCUUCAUCUUGGCUUCUUCUGCUUCUUCUCCGUUUUCCAUUAGAAUCUCUGUAUUAAUGACAGACCACGAGUUCAGUUUGUGUGCUUCAUUACACGCUUUUCCAUAUUCAAUUCGUUUUGCACUAUACGAGGACACCAGAUUAAUAUGGCAUCUCCUGUCCGGAUUGACAGAAUGUGCAUAGAGAAAGAAAAGUGAGGAGGAGAGCAAUUCUAGCGGAAACCGCACCUACAUACAAGCUCGAUCUUGUUUAGUCACUCGCUAAUCUCAUUCAGCUGCUUUGCCGUGUACGCACUUUCCAUGAAACCCUUUAGACGGCGUCGCACAAAAGCCCUGUGAUGCGUGUAUACCAUAAUUAGGAGAUGUGAUACCCGAAGCCUAAUGAAUAGGGAUAAGCGAGGGAAGCGCGAGGAAGAAGAAGGAGAAGAGAAGGAGAAAAGCGAAGAGCUUAGAGCUUCUCCCGUCAGUCCGUCCUGUUGACAUUCGAUUACAGAGUGGUUGGUCGGUCUGUGCACAACUGCUUCCAGAAUCGGCCGAGACCGAGUAGCUUGUUUACGAGGUGGGCUCCUCUCUCCCUGCCUGUCUUCUCUCCUCGAAAAUAAGACGGCCGAAACACCUGACCUGUGGCCACAGGCAGGCUGCGAGGAGAACUAGAAAAAGUGAGGGGGACGGCUGAGAAGUGAUGACCCGUCGGGACGGACGACUGUAACCUGCCCGACUGAUAUCCGGUGUACAAUGCUUCGGGGACCCAACUCACUUUCUCACAGCUGGCACACUCAGAGCGGCAGUUUUGUGAGCGAAAGAUAGGGCCCAGAUGCUCGAGGAAUCGCAUCGUGUCCGUCGUCUCUCGCCGCCAUCGCGUACUAUUUUGCCAUCGGAAACUUCGCCCCUCGCUCCUCCUCCGGCAUCUCGUCGUCGCGCUCCCCACCAGUCUUCUACUCGUUCCUCCCCCCACGCACGUCGCGCUGUCAGCGUACGGGCACUUUCUUGUCCCGGGGCUUCAUUGCUCUUUCUCGUCCUAACUAUAUAUCAUCCGGGUGACGCAUAUUUAUAUUCGUAUUCUCAUCUUACUUCCGUUUUCUGUCUGUACUCUUCUUCACGUUGAAAUCAACCGAUGCACAAGUGGGAAUGGAUCGAGUGAGUACUAGUGUUAAGGGCUUUUCGAGACGCGCAGACGUGCGUUCAAUUAAGUCAGAAGACGUGCUCGUUUGCCUGCGUAGCUGCUUCUGACUGUCAUGACAGACGAGAUGAAUCCACAAAUAGGGGGGGGGGCAAAUGGGGCACGCCGCCAUUCAACACAAAUUUAAUCAUCCGUGUGUUGCAUUUCGUGCUCCUCCGCACCCGCACCACACCAUCCCGCGCUUCUCGUUUUGAAGGAGCCCUCGCUAGGACGGUAAUGAAAACCGAAAACCACCGAGCAAUGUUGAUUGUUUAUGGCUGCCUAUCCAGAGCUUCCGCCACACGCUGUAGGGCCCCUGAUGCAUCCGAUGAGCGAGGGAAAAGGGUAUUUGGUGCCGGGUGCAAUAAAUUUUUCAAUCAGAUUCCAUCCCCUAUGUGUACGUGCUCACAUUCGGUCCCUCCUCCUUCUUUUCCUGAUUUGAUUCGAAACCACAGAAACGGCGCACACUGAAAACAAUUCAACGAAUAGAAAAGAUAAAAGAGAUGACGUCGUCGUCGUUGUGUGACUGACAUCUUGAGAAGUAUUUGCAAGGGAUUAGGGAUUAGGACUACAGUUCUCGAUAGUGUAUGUUAUGGAAGCCGCGAGAAAAGCGACGCAAUUUGUCUCUCAUCCCCCAUAUCACAAGAGACGAUCUUAGAGCCAUAGAGAAAAUAAUCUUCAACAUCAAUCUUUUCAUCAUUAUUUCAGGCAUUCAUUUGUGAAACAUGUGGCAAAGCAUUUCGGUUUCGCUCCAACUUAGCAGAACACCGAUCAGUACAUACAGCACUAAAACCUUAUGUGUGCAAAUUUUGUGGCAAAUCAAGCAGAUUGAAAGGUUUCGUUUCGAAAUACAAUACACAGAUUUUUGAUCAGAUAUGAAUUUCAGGCAAUUUAACAAAACAUAUAUUGAAACAUCACAAGAAAGAGCAAAACGAGUCGAUCGCCAAGGAUGAUAUCAUCGUCAAGAAGGCUCCAAAAACAGUAAGGCAUUUCCAAUGAGACUCAUUACUAAUUCAUGCCUUUUCUUCUUUAAUUCUAGUUCAAGGAGAAUGGAUCGUCGGCAGCAAACGGCACAACAACAACGACCACAACUACCACGACAGCGGCGAUCACGACGAAUGCUACAACUUCUGUAACGACCGCCAGCAGCAGCAGCAAUCACAAUAACAACAAUAGCAACAAUGUGACGAACAAUAAUCACCGAACAAUCAAAACCGAAAUCGAAGAUCCGGAUUAUGUUCUGACGUCCGUCAAGAAGACUGCUCCUGUCACUCCAGCCAAGGUUGUGCCGUCCACUCCAAUCACCACCAGAAUACGAGCACAAGCCAAGGAGCACACCGUCGUGGCCACAACCGCUCCAGCUAUUGUGGUGCCUGUUCCUGUCGUGGAGCCAGUUGAAAACCUGUUGCCGAAGGAUGUUUCUACUGACAAUGACAGGUGGGACAUUGUUUUCACAGUUCAUCAGAAAUCACAUUUCAGUUUAAGAUCGGUGCUGAUCAGCCUAGGAUUCGACUACGGGAACUCGAUAAAGCUGAACCGCCAACAGCAGCUCGCGUUGGCAAUGAACGGAGAGAUGAGAGCCGAGGACAUGAGCUCGUCUCCAGAUACCGGUAAGUAUCUCUUUUAUCCUAUGCGAUUUAGUUUUUAUGUAUGUGUAUGUUCUCCUAUCCGAUCCCCACUCGUUUUUUGCAUCUUCAUCUCUCUCUCUCUCUCUCCCGUCCGCUCCCAUCCUCAACCAUCUGGUGUCUAACUGUAGGGGGACUCAGAAGCGAAAAACCAGAAGCCAGAAACACAUCUCAUUUUUUGUCUCCGAUAUCGGGCUUCUCUCCUCGCAUAAACUUUUAUUUGCGCCAACUGACAUGUGGUGUUCGUUUUGAGCCGGUCGGUCGGUUCGUCGGCAACGGAAAGGGCUGAACCUUUGGGGCCGACCUGUGAGCCGUAAAGUGAGCCGAUGGAAUGGUAAGGUCAACUGCUCGCCUUCCUGCUGUGUGAAUGAUACUGUUCCCAAAAAAAUUCGAUUCACAAUGCACGAUUCAAAUUGCCCCCUCACUACUAAUCAAAAAUGACCCAAGCCUAUGAGAUGACAGAACUUGAAGCUGUCAGUCACUGCCCGACUAGAGUUCUCCGUCAUAAUUUACCACCAGCAUCUUCCUUCUCUCUUCUUGUUUUAAUCUUUUCUCUACAUGGAAUAGAUAGUGAGCUGUGACGGACGGGGAAGGCCCGUCAAGAAAACUGCGCGCGUCGGUGUGUGUCGUGUCCAUAUAUUUUUUUCGAAAGUCGGUUCAAAAACACAGGAGACCGCUCCGGGAGAAGAGGGUCGACGCCGUCAUCAUCGUUUCUAUCGUGCAACUCCAUCUGUGUGCUCAUGCGUGCUUCGCAUCGAUUUUCAAUGUCCGUCGCUUCGUCUGUCAGUCCCCUCCGGCGAAGGGAGGGGAAAAGCAUAGCGGUCCCAACCGACCGACCGACCGACUGACGGAGCACAAGAAAAAUUGUGAGCGGAGCGCGUGAAAAAGAAAAGAAGGGACCAGCGGGCCCCGCGGCACACUCUCCCGACUACUGUUUGCGUAUAGGCGCCAGGGGCUCACAAGGAAAAGAGUCCUCACGCGUUUGCUUCCUGGGCACACACAAGAAAACGCUUCGUUUGUCGUCGUCGGUCCGGUCCAUUGUUGAGGGGUUGUUGUAGCUUUCUUCAACCACCCAUCGCACCAUUCUCCAGAUUGGAAAAGAAGGGAAAGAGAUGGAAUUGUGUGUACGGCAUCGUGUGCGCGCAACGGCAACGACGACGUGUGUGUAUGUGUCUUGUGCCUUCUGUGCUGAGUGAAUGAUGUGGAGCUCCAGCCAAGUGUGUUGCUUCUUCUCCUCUUGCUUUUGCUUCCUCUCUCCCACUCUUCUAUAGAUGGAAACAGAACAGUCAACGACGACAGCGACGACGACGUGCUUUUCCUUUGUUGCACGAAAUUGCCUUUUCCCAACGACGGACUAGUACGCUCAACUCAACCGGCACAAAACCGAAAGCCUUUCCCCAUUCCUUCUCCGGAAGGAAAGACAGCAGGUCAUUUGGUUGCGGGCAGACAGGUGGCUAUAAUGGGCAGUCGGUCAAUUUUGUGAGGCGCGCGCGCAUGUCCGCGUGUAAUCGGAGCAGAAAGCGGAUCUGCCUGGGAACAAGCGAACAAGCGAACGGACGGAUUACAAAUGAAACAGUAAUCUUUCUCGUUCUGCCCAUAGAUAUAUUGUGACUGCAAAAAGUGGUAAUUUCGGGGCAUCUGGUGAAGAGGCGCGUGCGUAUUCUCGCGAAACAUAGAAUACAGUAAACCGAGCAGCUGACGUGCCACCGAAGAGGGUAGAGAAAAAUGAGAAUCUUUUGGGGGAGAUUGAGAUUGAGAGUGGUGACGAGGGACCUACAAACAAAUACAAAACUUGAAAAUGAUCAUUCUAACUUCUCUUGUUUCCAGUCUAUUCCGAUAGUGAUCCCGACUAUGUGGCCGACAGUCCUCCUCCUCCGACCGUGUUUCAUACUAAUAACAAUCAUAAUCACAAUCAAAAUCAUACGGUACUCUCACCCAGUUCUCCUUCUCAUUCUGACCCUCAAAUUUGCUCUAGGUUGGCGAGGCAACACUGGCCGCCAUGGUUGUUGCUGCUGCUUCCGUUCAAAGAGGAGACGGAAGUCCAGAUUCGACAGAUACCCAGAAGGGACCGAGUCCCCGACGGGAAGAACUAUCUCCUUCCGUUCCUUCCACUCAAAAUGGUCCGUGCCCAUCACCACCAAAUGUAACACAAUGCAAGGAGUGCGGCAAGCACGUUAGGAAAAGUGAGUUCUGAACCAAACUGUCGCACUUAGUUGGGAUUUCUUUUUCCAUCUCCUUCUUCUGGCUUCUCACUUCUGUUCCCUGUCUUUCCAUUCUAACUCAUAUCGCAUGCUUCCAUCUUUCUCUCUCUCUCUCCCUCUCCCACACACGUCUUUUGUAUUGUUGUGAGUGAAAGCACAAGUGAAGUCGUUUACUGACAACGAGAGAAGCUGACUGACUCUCCAGAGGGAAACGGAGUUGGUCAUGGUCGCCGGCAAGAGAGAGAGAGAGAGAGGGGGGGGGGGGGUCUGCUGCUGGUUUUAAAAUUGCAAUUUCCCAUUUGACACAUGAGAGCCACCAGACAACCGCUGGUCUCACUGUGUACACAGGCCCCGCCGACCCGACGUCGUCAGUUUUCAAUUCGAGAAAGUGAGGGGAAGUGCGGAGACAGAGAGAAAGGCUUCUGGUAGGCGCCGUCGCGCGCAAACUCAUCUACAAUGUCAUCUAUAUUGGGUCCCUUCGGUUGCCAGUCAAACACAUGAAAUGCCAGGCCCGAGCACAAGCAAGCGUACACAUACAUACACACAGACAGAAGCUGUUUCCGUCCCUCUCCUUACAUUGCAUGUUCUCUGAAACACCCCUAGGGAGUACUAUUACCAGGCAGUCUCGGGACGGGGGGACGGGGGCCUCCUCUCCGUUUUAAUCCACACAGACCAUAUCUUGUAAUAGGAGAGCCUUUUGCGUUGCCUGCUCGCAGGAUCGAUAGGCAAGUGCGCUUGUGAAGCCGUCGGGGACCGGCCACAUUCGUUUGAAAUGCACGAGCAAUAUGAUUACAGGGUGGUUUGGAUGUAGAGAUUGGAGAGCCGCGAGCAAAGGAUUUAUUACCGACGAAGCCAUAGAAACGUUUAUAUAUUUCCCCGGGGGAGGCCUGUUCCUGUGCUCAGCGAGCAAGUUGUGUAUCCGGCGAGGGACCGAUCUGUUUGUGAGAACCCUUUGCUUUCUCUUUUCUCUCAAAUAGCUCUGCUCCGUUCCUCUUCUUCUUCUUUUGUUGUACAAUGCACAACUAAAUCACUCUGGCCGGCAGAGGGUGGAAAACGACAGUGUACGAGACGGAAUGGGUCCGAUGGCGGGGUUGACUGCUUUGAACAUAUGGCACGUAAAUAGAUAGUGAAUCGGCGAUGGGCGCGACAGUUGAUAUCUGUCCAAUGUGCCGACAGUUGCUCCGGCAAAACACAUUACUGCUUGCCUUGCCUUCACUUCACUUCGCACACGAAAUGUGAUGUGGACGGUUGAGAAGAUGAUGAGUAUGAUGGUCCUGGUGAUUGUUCGACAGGUGGCGUGCACGGUUGUCGAAAAUGAAUGACUGAGUUUUGUGGAGGGAAUGAAUGAAUCAACCUUGGAUUCCAAAAGAUUUCAUAAUACCAUUUCCAGGUUCGCACCUUCCGAUCCACAUGACAUUGAGCCACGGAUUCCCACCACCGGCAAUCGCCAAAGUUCAGGAGAAGAGCGCCGAGGAGAUGACACAAGAGGAACACCUUCAACACGAGUUGCGCACCAUCGCUAACGCUAUUUGUGAGCUCAAGGCACAACAAGCCAGCACUCCAAGAGUUGAGCAGGUGAGUAGAUACAAUUGUUAGUUUCUGGAGGAGUAUCUAAUCUCUUUUAGGCUUUGACGUACAUUGACUCGCGAGUUGGACGACUGGAAAAAAGCCUCGAGACGGCAUUGAACUCGAUUUACACUUUGGUUCAACUUCAAACCGGAAUGACGAGCAGUGUGAACCGGUUACGAGAAGAUUCGCAGAGAAACUUCUCUGAUUUGAAGCUCCGAAUGGAACGUUCCAAUUCUCCACGUCGGUUAUCCCAUCACUCGAUCCGAUCCAUGUCGGACUCAAGAGACAGAUCGAGAUCACGAUCACCGCUGUGAAUGGAUGUAGAAUUGUGCCCCGAUUCUGUUGUUGA